AAUGUCCUCUGCGUUUAUUGUUCUUGAGGAUAGGCCACAACUUCUUCCUCCAAACUCUGUGAUAUCCCGACGCUCGUCUCUCUCAUCUUGAAGAUUCCCACGAUGGAUCAAGCACAGACCAAGGCAUUGAUCGCCAUUCAACCAUUUGUCCACCUUGCAACGACUCAGAAAUCACCCACCCCUCGCUUCAUCGCCGACUUAAUCAAUCGAGCCAUUUCCGCGCCUGGAACUUACCUCUUCACCGAACUUCUCCAGACACCUGCUGUGCAAGCCCUAAAAGGGACUGACAGUGACCCAUGGGUGACGUUGUUAGAGAUCUUCAGCUGGGGCACACUGGAUGAAUACCAAGCCACUUCAAAUCUUCCAUCACUUGACGCUGCACAGACCUACAAACUGCGCCAAUUGACUCUGCUCACACUGGCCUCGCCAUUUGCGCCACUCAACGACACCAAUGCCACGCAUCACCUGACCUAUGCAUCUCUGAUGUCCUCUCUCUCCCUUUCUUCUCCCAGCGAACUCGAAUCCCUUGUGACUCAGUCAAUCUACUCAGGCCUGCUCACUGCCCGCUUGUCUCCAACGUCUGACCCGCCCGUCGUGCGAGUGACUUCGGUAGCUCCUCUGCGAGAUCUCCGACCCCAGUCGCUACCUGCACUAUUACAAAUUCUCGAGACGUGGGAGUCUCGCUGUGUCUCACAAGUGGCCGAUCUGCAAAGCCAGCUCGAAACGAUUAGAACGAUAGCCAGCAGAAGAACGUCACUACAAAGCCGUCGGCAAGCAGAAAUUGACACGGCAGUUCUCAGCGAUAAGGUCGAUGGGGCUGCGGAAAAGGCGGUGCGGCAGUUGAGGAACCUCACUACAGGCCAAGGUCAGAAGUUGGGCAAUAAGCGUGAUCUGGACCAGCAGCUGGAAGGGGAUGACGAAGCCGCAAGUGAUGAGGAGGGCCGUAUGGACCUGGAUGAGGGCGUCAGCGAUGUAGGAGGUGGGUCUGCUGUUGGCAUUCGCGGCGGAAGCGGAAACGGAAGUGGAGGCGGCGGUGGACGAGGCGCAAAGCGGAAUCGUGCGCGUGGGAAAUAGGCGGACGCCUAGACGACGUCAUGUCUAUCAUGCUUGCGAUCACGAUCACGACUCUCCAUGGAUUAAAAGUGAUGAAAGUUUGCAUGGCUUGACUGUUACAAAGUGCAAAUUGCGCCCUCGACUGCAUGAUACGCUGUAGAUCAAAGGCAAACUGCCUCCGCGCAGACCCAGGGGAUGAUGGGCUGCACUUGAAAUUGCAUGUUGUGGAUGAAUGCACGCCGGCCUGCUCGACCCUUGUUGACAUUUGACAGAAAAC